CUCGUUCUUAUUUUUAAAGUCCUUUCGUUAUCGGUGAAAUUUAAAAAAGGAAAAAACAAAGAAAAGAUAGUCUUGUUUGCUAGAUUGCUCGUUUUUUUUUUUUUUCAUGUUAUUCAAAUUUAGUGUCGGAUCGAUAUAAUUAAAAGAGAAGUUCUCUUCAUUCAAUUUCACAAAAUAAAAACGAAGCACACGAGUUAAGCUAAUCAUAAUUUUAUGAUCUGUAAUCAGUUGGUGUAUAAAUGUCAUCACUUUCACGAGAUAUUCUUACAAGUCGAGUAUUUCUUUUCUACUCGAUAUAAAUGUUAAAUAAAACUUUCUCUUACAAAUUCAAAUAUUAUAUUCGAGUUCGAUUUAUCGUGAAAGUAUUCUCAAGAGCUUUUUGAAAAAAAAAAAAAUUGCAUGCAAAAUAGAUUGGACAUAUAUAGAACGCUCAAAGAUAGGAGAAAGUAUAACAAGUUGUGGAUUAACAAGUGGAUUAACAAGUGUAUGGAAAAAGAGUUAUCGCAUUAAAUUUCAUUUGUUCUUCUGAACUUUCAGGAUCAAAAAUUAUAAAUAUAUAUUUUAAGUUCAAUAAGGAAAAGAAGAUGAUACAUUGAUUAUCGAGAAAUUUUAGCUUCUCUAUUCUUUCGUUCGAGAAAUUUCAUUUCCAAUCUUCUUUCAAAAGUAACAUUUUCACUCGUCAAAAGUUCAUUGAACAUGUUUUUCUUUCUUGAUAUAACGCACGCGUAUCUCUCGCGCGAACAAGCGUUACGACCUCUCAAUUAAUUCGAUCAAAAUCAAUUUAAUUACAACGUAUAUAACGCGAUAAUAUUCGAUUAAGAGAUAUUUCUUAAAAAAAAAAAAGAAAAAAAAAGAAAUACACGAGUUCAGAGAUACAAGUCGCAUGCUAGAUUGAAUCAAAUUACGAAAGAAUGUGUCGUACAAAGAUUAUAAAAAUUUUUACGUAAUAAUGAUUCGGUUUAAUCGCAAUACGAUUAGAUGGCCUUCGUACAUCCCCCUCUGAGACAUUAUUCAACGUCGUUUCGUGUUUGCUCUUAUUUUAUCCGCGUUAGUUUCAAGGGAAAUUCAUUAAAUUACAUCAUCUACGACGACGGAAAGAAAAAUAGCCGGUUCAAAAGAAAAGAGAAAAAAUAUCUCUCUUUCUCUCCAAAUUGGAAAUUUAAAAUUCUACAAUGAUCAAACAUCAAGACGCAAAAAUACGAUAAUAUUCUUUCUCUGAAAUAUACAAAUUGCAUUUUCCACGAAUUAUUUCAAAACGCGAUUUUUACGUGUCAUGUCGUUUUCACGGUCGAGUGAAAGUUUUUAACAUGAUCUAUCUCGAGAUACGUCGAUCGAUAAAUAGAUAAAUGAAAUGAUUGAACAGAAUAAUAGAAUUGGAAAGGAAAAAAUAAUAAAAUAUUUGAGAAAAGAAGUAAUUGUUUGGAAUAAAUGUCCUUAACCCGAUCAUCAGUGUAUCAAAAGAAGAUUGCUGCAAUCGUUGCUGCUCGAUAUAUAUCGUAUUUAUUAUAUCAAUUGUGAAUAAUUGAAAAUAUUAUUCGCGCAUGUUAUCGUCAUUAUCGAGAUCGUCCUCUCUACUUUCCACUCGAAAGAUCAAGAGAAAUAUUUGUUUAACCAUCCACAAACAAAUAUCUAGCAAUUGCGACUUUCAUCUUCGUCCUUUCGCUUUUUUUUUUUCUAUACGAGAUUCCUUUCACCUAGUUGAUAUCAGAAUUUCAGUUGCCAAGCAUCGAUUUCGACCGGUAUCUUUAAUAGACUUGAGAACAUACCCCGACCACACUCUUCCAUAAUUUUUUCCUUCUCUCGAUCUUGUAUUUCUUUUUUUAUCAUUAUUACAUUCAUCGUUCUACGUUUCUCCUAUAUAUUUAAUAAUAUACCAGUAAAAAACAGCGUUCUUAUAAUCGACCAAUCUUUCUAAUUAUUUCUUUCGUUCGAUGUACUUUGUUUUUUUAUUAUUAUCUUUAUUAUUUAUCUUAUUUACUCGACGAUUUCCUCCUCCAACUAAUUUCGAUAAUUUUCUCAUUUUCAUUAAAAAAAAAAAAAGAAAAAACAUCCUCACAAUCAGAUAUUCCACGAUAUUCCAUUUUCUUUAAUUUCACAUUCUUUUAUUCACGUUUAAAAUUUAUUUUUAUCAUCUCGAUGACCUGCUAUCGUUUCAACUGUUGUAACAAUGGUGGAAAAAAAAAAAAAAAGAACUCGAAGCAACAAUUCCUCAGAGGUCCAAGCAACUGUGGGUUGCUUCUGUGACUUUUUGAGUGGAAUAAUCGCGGGGAGAAUGCAGUCACCUGCUGUUAUCGUUGCAUAACAAACCGGGUAGACGAUGAGAGCCUCGAAGAGCACGGACCUGGCGAUGAUGAUGGCUACCUAUGGCCUGCGAUUCCUCGUUGUCGUCUUCACGAUCGCGGCAGCUGCCACAUUUUUGCACGUGAAUAAUUACAGGCCCAAACAAAUAUUCCUCUCGUGCGACCGACCAUGCCAUCACCUGGACUGGCCCAUGAUUUGUCGAGUGAAACUGACUUUGGAAGUGUUCCAGUCGCUUAGCAAAUCGUGCGGCGAUUGUCCGAGGAACGAGACCGCAUGUUUGGCCGACCAUUGCGUCUCGGCUGAUGGACAGAGACGCGGUAUACUGACCGCGAAUCGUCAGAUGCCUGGACCCACUAUUCAGGUAUGCGAAAACGACAUCCUCGUGGUGGACGUGAUCAACAGGCUUCCAGGUAAAGCAGCCGCGAUACAUUGGCGAGGUCAGAGCCAGCUCGAGACACCGUACAUGGACGGCUCCCCUUUGGUCACUCAAUGCCCGAUACCGAGUUACACCACUUUCCAAUAUAAAUUCCGCGCCUCCGCCGCCGGAACGCAUUUGUGGCACGCUCACGCUGGGGACGACGUCUCGAACGGCAUAUUCGGGGCGUUGAUAGUGAAGCAAGCGGACAUAAGGGAUCCUCACAGGGCGUUGUACGACAUCGACGACUCGAGUCACGUGAUUCUGGUGAGCCAGUGGCAGCAUUCGGGCGAGAUCUCGUUCACGGAAACCAGCCACGCGAAACCAGCCAUCCUUUUGGUGAACGGACGAGGGCGCCAGCCGAACGGGCCGAGGGUUCCUUUCACCAAGUUCACCGUGCUCCCUGGACGACGUCACAGAUUCCGCUUGGCCAACGCCGGUGGUGCUGGAUCCUGUCCAAUAACUAUCCUCGUCGACGCUCACCCCCUUCUUCUCAUCGCCCUCGACGGCCAGCCAGUCGAACCGCGACAAGUCGCAUCGAUCACUCUGGCCAAAGGGGAGAGGGCGGAUUUCGUUCUGAAAGCGAAUAAACGGAUAGCUUCCUACUGGAUCAACGUACACACGUCGAAAGAAUGCGGGACGAGUUCCAUAAAUGGCGGUGCAAUAUUGAACUACAAGGGAAGUUCAACGGAGGACCCGGAAGCCGUGGAGCAGCCGGAGGCCGAGGAAUCGAACGAUCGAAUCGCGAUGACCACCAAUCCAGCGGACAAAUGCGGAAAUCCCGAGAGUCUGUGCGUGAUGGAGGUGCACUCGUUGAGGAAGAUGCCAUCCGGGUUGGGCAAACAGAAAACAGAUGUCACCGUUCGUUUGCCCAUUAAUUACAAGCUUCAAACGAACGACAUCGUAGGAAACGGGGUCGAGACGAGAGUUCUGAACGUGAACAACGCCACGUUCACGUAUCCAUCCUCGCCCUUGUUGUCGCAGGGUGGAGACGUCUCCGGCGAGACUAUGUGCUAUUCCACCCCCGACGAGGACGACGCUCGCGUCGAGAACAACGAAACUGCAUCGUUGUCGUCGCGACGCUGUCGCCGUAGCGAUGCCACCGCCUCCAACGUUUGCGAAUGCGUCCAUGUGAGGUAUAUUCCGCUCGGAGCUACCGUCGAGAUCAUUCUCCUCGAUCAAGGUGGCCUCGACGAUCUGGUGUACCAUCUGCACGGAUACACGUUCUACGUGGUUGGAGCCCGAAAAUUCGGACGCAGCGUGUCUCUGCAGGAAUUGAAGAGCAUGGACGACAAGGGGCAAUUGUUCUCUCGGAAUCUCGACUGCACGGUUGCCAAGGAUACCGUGGUCGUGCCGAAAUUUGGCGCGGUCGCUCUCAGAUUCAAAGCGAACAACCCAGGUUAUUGGAUGUUGCGGGACGAGCACGCGGCCGAAUGGACACGUGGGUUGGACGUGAUUCUCCAAGUUGGGGAAACGAGCGACAUGGUGCCGGCCCCGGAAGAUUUUCCCAAGUGUGGCUCGUUCGUCGGCCCGGAAUACUUUCUCAUAUAACUUGAGUGUCUCUUGCAAGAAUCGCGUACACCGUGUACAUAGUUGUAAAUAAAUACGGAUAGACUGAAUGUGUAGACUCGCAAAUAUAUUUCACACUCGUUUCUUUCUUUCUUUCUUUCUCAUAAUUUCAAGCUUCACAAGGAAACGUUUCUUCGUUGUUAUAUAAAUAACGAAUUUGUGUAUCUAUAUAUAUAUAUAUACAUAUACAUCUAUAUAUAAUAAA